GUGCCGAUUCCGAAAAUUGGUGUUAUGAUAAUACUUGCACGUGCACGGGUUUCUUCAACAUUGUUAAACGGUAACCAGUGUCCUUCGCACUAAAAAGUAUCAUAUGCAAGAUACAAGCCCGGAGUUGGUUAUCAUCCAACAACCAGUGUCACGCCGCAAGCGCCUACCGUUACUUUAACUCGGUCGCGAUUCAUCUGCUUUUAACUCGGGACACAAUCAUGAUGUACUCUCGCGAAAGUUCGCGCCUUCUGGCCAGGAUGCCACCAAUGCCAGUUCUUAACUUGCAGAAGUUAUCACGCAGCCUGGAGGCCAUCAAAUAUAUCUUCCUGGUCUUGCUAUUGGUCAAUUUUCGAUCUUUACCGUUUGCCUGGCACAUUCGCGUAUUCCUGCCGGUCCUACGACUCCGUCUUCAGUAUUACAUCCUACGACUUCGCAUCCUGUUCAAGCCCAAACAAGUCGGCGCAAAGCUACUCACGGAUUGGGGCGAGGGUUUAUGUCCAAUUGGCGCAGACCCCUUCAAGCUCGUGAGCGUUCAACAUGGCUGGACGAGUGUGGACGAUGCCGAUUAUAAUGGACACCUCAGCAAUUCCAGUUACGCGAAGGCCCUCGAUGCAGCCCGCCUGAAAUUGGCUCUCAAAGCCUUCCCUGCAUUUGCCAGGAGUGGUGGGUGGAUGGCUCUGGGCUCUACACACUUUCAUUUCAUUCGAGAAAUACCGUUCCUUCGGAGCUACGAAAUAAGACAAAGCAUCGGGGCAUGGGACCACAAAUGGAUGUUCAUUGUUGCUCGCUACGUCUCUUUCCCAAAGAAUAGGCGUAGUGAUGUCACCUAUAACAGAGACUCGGAUGGGAACAAUGGCAAUGGGGCCAGAUCAUCAAGGACACCGAUAACAUCAAAUGACUUUCCUCGGAUUUUGCUGAGCACACCUGCGGAAGGCUUAACCACCCCUGGGACCCCCGGUGAUGCGACCGAUGAGGACUCCAACCUUCAAGCAGGAAAGACGGCAAAGGCAAUGAAAGCCCUGGCUGCCGCCCAGUCAAACAUGCCUGAGCCCGACGGUGCCGUACUCCACUGUGUGGCGAUUUCAUGCAUUUGCUUCAAGCAUGGUCGCAUUACAGUGCCUCCUGGCGUUGUUCUUCCAUGUGAAGGUUUCUCGAAACCCCCCAGUACCGCUUCCGCCGCGCCGUUCUCGCCGACGAAUCCCCCCGCUCACUGGAAGAAGGUACAAGCACUGCGCGUCGGUCCAUCAGGCAGUAUGCCUGCGUUUGCUAAAUUCCUCAAAGGAGGCUGGCGCGAUGUGCCUGAAGGCGAGAGGUGGUGGGAGGAUGUGCUAGAUGGGCCGAUAGAAGCGCAACGAAAGGCAAAUCUCGAAGUCCUUGAUUCUCUCAGGACAGGGAUGGAAGGAGCGAGAUCCAUGGGGUAGUUACUUAGAAAAACUAUUUAUAUCAUUGGAAGCUAGCUCAACAUUCCUACAGCCAUGUAUCUCAUGCCUUGCCUCAACCCUGAUAUUAGGCGGGGCUAUAAUACCAUCCCAAGACUUGCUUUUUUAGUGAAGGCGACCUAACUUACACGCGGAUCAGGUCUGCACAUUAUGUGGAUGGUAUU